UGAAGUUGGACAUCACUGAAACCAAAGCAGCGUCAAUAUCAAAACUCUGAUAUUUACUGAAAUACUGAGAGGAAGAAACAGCAGAAAGAUGAGUGCUGCUCAGAGUCAAACAACACUGGAGUCCCUGCAGUGCCACUUCACCUGGAACCUCGACCGCAGAAGGUCAAUACUAUUGCUUCUAAGAGACAAGCUGGAGGACAUCCGCAUAGAGGAGGGAAACAGGUGGCUUGGCCACAUCUACAACCUGCAGGGGUUCAUUCAGUACAAGCUGGGGUUUAAUGAAGAUGCUAAGAAUUUGUUCAGCAAGGCUGCAGAGGCCUUCCAUGAGCUGAGACAUGCAGAUGAAGGUCCCUGGUUAUUGGUGAACUAUGGGAACCUGGCCUGGCUGCACCACCACCUGGGAGAUGAAGCUGAGAGUCAGGCUUACCUGUCAAAGAUUGAUGCCCUGAUGAAAAAUCACCCAUCUCCAUCCAAGGGCGAGCUCCAUCCAGAGGUCUACGCUGAGAAAGCCUGGACCCUGAUGCUCUUAAGAGGAGACUCAAAGCUUGUUGUUGAAUACUUUGAGAAAGCCAUCAGGAUGCAGCCGGACAUGGUGGAGUGGAACACCAGCCAUGUCUUGAGUUUAGUGAGUGCCCAGAAAUACAGCGCCACUGGGGUGGAGGCUGACCUCUUAGAGAAAAUGAGAGCUGCAAAGGAACAGGAUCCUGAGAACCUGUACCUUGCAGUUCUCUACCUUGAGCAACUUGCAAAGAAAGGAGAAAGAAUUGAAGAUGAAGCUUACAAGAUAGCCAGAAAUGUUUUGGGGACUCCCAUCAGUAGCUACAACUGUAUGAGAGCUUUACUGAGAGUUUACAAAAAUCACUUGUCUUUUGAUGAGGCCAUUGAUUUGGCAGAAGAGGCUCUGAAAAUACAUCCAAAUCAGCGUUAUCUGAAGAAGUGUGUUGCCAUCUGCUACAAAUGGAAGCUUGUUAUUCUCAGGGACGGUCCCCCAAGAUCAGGCAUGAUAGACAGAGCAAUCAGUCUGCAGGAGGAGGUGAUUUCUCUUUACCCUCACAGUCAACUAAUGAUUAAAAUAGACCUUGCCAGUCUCUAUGCAAAGUCACGUCGUCACCAGGCACAGGCUGAGCAGAUAUAUGAGGAGCUGAUUCACAGUGAUCUGGAGCCUGAACAGAAACAGCUUGUAUACAACGCCUACGGAAGGUAUUUAAAUUAUGAGCAAAAUGAUCUCCCCAAGUCGGUACAAUAUCAUAUGAAGGUAGCUGCAAUACCAGAACAAAACUACUUCCGUGAGCACAGCAUCAGAUUUCUUGAGAAGAUUAAAGACAAAGGCAUAAUGUCUAGAGAAUUAGAAGAGUUUCUGGAAAACCUGCAAGAGCCAAGGGCUAAAAAUUAGGACACAUUAGGCAGAAUGUUUCAGGGCUCCCCAAGAGAUAAGCACUUGUAAUGAAAAUUGAAUCCACAGUUGAAGUGCGGUUCCUCGAGCAUCUACUGAAGGCUGCAGAAGCCAAGGAAUCCCAGUUGGGUCCUGUGUUAACAUGUCCAACUUUGCAGCAAAAGAAACACGUUAAUAGUCUGGUACAAAAACAUUUUGGUGUUUAUAGUUAAAUACAUUUGAGUGUAGUUUCACAGAGAUAUUUUAGAUUGGUUGUACAUACCUUGAAAGGUUUAUAAAUGACUUCUGUGGUUCAGCUGCAUCACAUUCAAACAUCAAUGACGCGCAACAGCCAUGAACUGGUAGUAAUAAUGAGUGCUAUUUAUUAACGUUUGUUAAAUGUUUGAAAAUUAGAAGUAUUUUUGUAGUGUUUGUUUCCUCUUAGAGGGUUUGAUAAUCAUAGCUGUUACUUAGGGUUUUAUAUUUGUAAUUUAUUGUAGUUGUAUUUCCUACCAAUAAAGAUCAUCUAUGGGUAUAAGGAAAUGUAUGGAAAGCUAUAUUUGUCAGUCAUCCUGGGAUGACUCAUGGUGUAUUUGGAUCUGUAUCUCUUUCUGUGACUUCUGGACAAAUAAACC